AUGUGUACUUUACGUUUUCGAAACAUAAUUUUAUUUUUGAAUACGGUAAACUUUUUAUUAUGUCAAUCUGGUCUAUUUAAACGCCCGACGUCUNCAUCACUAAAUGGAACAACAGCGACACCAAUACUAGUAAAUGAAACAACAGCAACUGGAACACCACUAAAUGAAACAACAGUCACCGAACCAUCACUAAAUGAAACAACCGCGACACCAAUACUGGUAAAUGAAACAACAGCAACUGGAACAUCAUUAAACGAAACCGUAAUCACUGGAAUCCCACUAAACGAAACAAUAACCACUGGAACACCAAUAAACGAAACAACACCCACUACAAUUCCAGCAAAUGAAACAACAGCCACUGCAACGCCAGUAAAUGAAACAACAGCAACUGGAACACCACUGAAUGAAACAAUAAUCACCGAAGCAUCACUAAAUGGGACAACCGCGACACCAAUACUGGUAAAUGAAACAACAGCAGCUGGAACAUCAUUAAACGAAACCGUAAUCACUGGAAUCCCGCUAAAUGAAACAGUAACCACUGGAACACCAAUACACGAAACAACACCCACUACAAUUCCAGCAAAUGAAACAACAGCCACUGCAACGCCAGUAAAUGAAACAACAGUCACCGAACCAUCACUGAAUAAAACAACAGCAACUACAACGCCAGCAAAUGAAACAACAACGAGUGGAACAUCACUAAACGAAACAGCAACCACUAGAAUCCCACUAAACGAAACAGUAAUCACUGGGACACCAAUAAACGAAACAACACCCACUGCAAUGCCAGCAAAUAAAACAACAAUCACCGAACCAUCACUAAAUGAAACAACCGCGACACCAAUACUAGCAAAUGAAACAACAACAACUGCAAUAUCAUUAAACGAAACCGCAACCACUGAAAUCCUACUAAACGAAACAGCAACCACUGGAACACCAAUAAACGAAACAACAACAACUGCAAUACCAGUCAAUGAAACAACAGUAACUGAAACACCACUAAAUGAAACAACCACGACUGGAAUAGUAGUAAAUGAAACAACAGCCACUGCAACGCCAGGAAAUCAAACAAGCAUCACCGAGACAUCACUAAAUGAAACAACGGUGACUGCAAUACUAGUAAAUGAAACAACAAGAACUGCAACAUCAUCGAGCGAAACAGGAAACGCUGGAAUCGCACUAAACGAAACGGGAACCACUGGAACGCCAGUAAAUGAAAGAACAACAACUGCAGCAUCAUUAAACGAAACAGCAGUCACUGCAAUGGCAAGAAAUGAAACAGUAAUCACUUUCACAUCACUAAAUGAAACAAGUACUACUCCUGCAAUACUGAACGAAACCGAAACGGUUGCAGUUGAACUAAAUGAAACGGUCACGACUGGAAGAACACCAAAUGAAACAGGAACCAAUGUAACAUCACUAAAUGAGACUACAACCAUUGGAAUAACGCUAAACCACACAAUAACCGAUGCAACACAAGCUAGUUUAACAACAAACACUCUAAUACCGCUAAAUGAAACAACGGCGAGUGCAACAACGCUGAAUGAAACAUCAGCUGCUUUAACAUCACGAAAUGAAACGAUUACAAGUUGA